UAAUGAACUUGUUGGACUUUUUAAACCACUAGGUCGCCCACUUCGACUCCGAGUUUCGACCCGGCCUCUUCAAAAUUUUUACAGUCUCCUCAGUCAAACAUCAUGGCAUCUGUAGGUAGUGUUCUCAUAAGCCAGGGCCAUGAGUUGAUUUCCGCUCGGCUUCAAUCCCGCGGACAGCCUCAAAAUUCAUCGUAUUUAUGGCAAUGGGUAGGCCACUCAGUGGUCAUUGUGACGGCCCUUGCAUUUGGUUUGGCAUUCUUCUGGGUGGAGUAUACCUGCAAUCAUGUGAUUGCGACUCUGGCCGCUGUCGAAGACUCGAACCCAGAUAUAUAUGUUCGGCUCGACUGCGAAGCUUCUAAUGAUUCCUGCGACCCUAAUGGGGCCGAGCCCACGGCGGCACCAGCCACUAAGCCUAUCACCAGGGGGUUACGCUCGGCCGUUAAGCACCUACGCGCCCGUGGUGGCAUCAGGUCAUGCUUUCGUGGAUUUCGUAUGUAUGUGGCCUUCACCGGGUGGGAUAUGGGCUUGGGAUUUAUACUUCCAGCCUUUCUUCCUGUGAUGACCCACUCUCCGAUCAGUGUAUUUCUUGGGAGGUUUGUCGCUAGCAUGUUCCUGGCCACCUGGCACAUGGCUUGGGUUCAUCUUGUGAUCGCCGACCCAUCUCCUAGGAGCUCCUACCGGCGAAUGCUGGGCCACCGGUAUUGGCUUAGAAUUGCUCCUGCAGCUGCCUUGUACAAUUCCCUCAUGUGUGCGACUUUCUCUCUACCCAUAGCCGCUGCAGAGCUCUCUCAUGGGACCGUCAUGAACGUUACCAGCCCGAACCCUGAAAAGCUUCUCGGCUUCCUAGUCAAGGGCAUCCUCCCAGCUAUACUUUUCCUAGUGCUUUCGAUUCCCGCUAGGGCCAUAUUCACUCGGGUGGCUGCCUCGAUGCUGCCCGAGGAGGAUGACCCGAUCGUGCCCUUCGACCGUCCGUUUGGCGGCAAGGUGAAACCCGCAACGGUGGGUGGUGACAGCGGCCAUCUCAGCCUGCAAGAUGCCUGGACUAGCUUUGAUCGGGCUGCUCGCAUUCGCUACGUUAAAGUCACGCUAAAGGCUCUUGCUAUUGAGGUUGCACUAGGCGUAGUUGGGACCCUUCUAAUCAUGGGCGAGGUGACUUUGAGCUCAAAAUUAUUUAAUUAAGUACGGUUUUAUCCCUCUUGGGUUCAAGUAGUUCCUCAAUAUAAUGGAUUCGGCAUAUGGAAGAGGAGCCAUCCCACGAAAUUUGGUUAUAUAGCGCACAUAACGAGUCAUAUAUAUGGGGUGGGAAAUUUUCAGUGGAGUAAGUGCAGUGGACCGUUGGUGCAGUAAUCUCUGGGCCCAAUCUGACUAGUAGACAAACCCACGAAUCAGGUGUAGAGGGUUGGGAAGUACCGAUGGACCUAGGAUCUUAAAUCCU